AGAUCUAGCCUAAAGAAAAGGAGAGAAAAAACAUGGCGGUUGUUUUGUCUAGCAAUUUUCGUGCUCUCAUAACGAGCUGCACUUGCAGAAUUCCUGCUCAAGCUGAGCUCGUUGGGGUGUCCAGAUAUACUACAGCGAAUAAGAAUAAAGAUUCCUACGGAUCGCUGGUAUCAACAAGUUUACCAGAUGUAGAUUCAGAGAUUGAAAAGGUUUCACCGCACUCCAUGCGAGGGAAGGCCAUGAGAGCAAUGGAACAGAGAUUAAAAAGAUUCACACCACUACCAGCUCCCAGGGAGUCUAAGAUGUCUGAUGAUCAGGAAUGGGCUGGUGUUUACCCCACUGCUGCUAGUUUCAAAUGGUCUGCUGUACCCUUACCACUUAGAAUGGGCUACCCAGUCAGAAGGGGGAUUCCCCCUCAUAAGUUUGGAAAUCUUGAACUUAUCAAGAUUCCUAAUUUCCUGCAUCUUACUCCACCUGCCAUCAAGAAACACUGUACUGCUCUGAAAGAAUUGUGUUCUGAUUGGCCAGAAGGUCUUGAGACAGAUGCUGACUGUGAGAGACAUUUUCCUCUAGAAACGGUGGAAUCUGAUUACGUCUUUUCUGGGUCCUCUCUCAGGCAUCCAAAGUCACGUGAGGUCACGGUCAAGGUGAAGUUAAGUGAGUUACCCUUGGAUAAGCAUGCUAGAUGGAAGUUCAUUCAACUUGUAGGUGAUAGAUAUGACAAGGAGACAGAUAUAGUCACUAUAUCAGCAGACAGGUGUCCGCUGAAGAAGCAGAAUUACGAUUACUGCAUUUAUGUCAUGAGUGUACUUUUUCAUGAAGCAUGGAUCUUUGAGCCCUGGGAGUCUGAGAUUACCGAUGACGACAUGGAAGAGUAUGUGUGGGACAUUAGUCCUUCAAAGACGUCCAUCAUCAAUACAAUAGCCAGCAUGAAGAAUAAGGCUCCAAUCAGCGGAAACGUUGAUCCACAGCUGGAGAAGGACAUCUUGGAGAGCAAAGAGGUCCAGGAACUACGAGACUCCGUCGGCGAGAUCAGAAACUCCGGCGAAUCCUUAGAGAACCUAGAGAGAUACAAGGAAGCUGUUCUAGGCAUCGUCCAUAGCAAAGCUGAGCUAGCAAGCAGUUGACCAUCCCCUCUCCAUACUGAACUAUUAUGAGAAUAGUGUUAAAGCUUAGCUAUGAAGAAGUUGACUAAGCCCUUUACUGAGGAACUAUUUUGAGAAUAACAUUACUUCAUUCUGUCCAAGGAAGCUGCUCUUGGCAUCAUCCAUAGGAAAGCUGAGCUAGGAAGCAAGUUGAGCAUCCCCUUUUCUACUGAUGAACUAUCAUGUGAAUAACAUAGAAGCUGAGAUAGCAAGCAUUGACCAAGUGGACCAACACCUUACAUAUUGAUAAACUUGUUAAUCAACCCCCAACCAUAUGGAUGAACUAUUGUCAGAAUAUUACUUCAUUCUGUCAAAACAAGUUGUUCUUAGUAUUGUCUAUAGCAAAGCUGAGCUAGUAAGCAGUGGACGUACCCCUUUCCAUAUUGAUGAACUAUUUUGAGAAUAACAUUACCUCAUUCUGCCCAAAGAAGCCCUUCUCAAUGCAGUUGUUAAAUUGGGGCCCCUUAUUGAGUUUGGAAACUGGUCUUAGAACGUUCCCCAGGGAGGGGGGAAAGUGCAUUCCUUUUUAUGCACAAGCAAGGAUCCAAAGACAGGUAAUAUCUGUGAAGCACUUUUUAGAGAUGCCAUUUAUGAUACAUGUAUUAAGCACUAUCCAACAUUUAUAUAGUGCU